AUGGACGUGAUUGUAACAGCUGUUGGAGAGUUUAUUUGGAUCUCAGCCUGUGCAAUCAUCAAUUUCUGUCUUAGUUCCGGUGUAAGUGCAUUAGUUGUCUUCGUUUCAUUUCUCGGUGCUAUUCUUGCAUCGGCUUUCUACAAAUAUGCAAUUAGUCGAGAAACGCGGCUAUCCGAUGUCGCUCUUAUCGACAACAAUCAAUCUUUACCCUUGAAUCUAUUAUCAAUGGAAGAUUCAGAUCAAACACAAAUUUAUAUAGACGAGAACGCAAGUGACGCUUCUUACUCAAAUGAUUUUGACUUUCUUCAAAUGUGUGGACUAUCGAAUGACGAUGAAACCGUAUUUGACUCGUUAUAG